CUCUCCCACCGCUGCCUGCAGGGGAUGGGUCUUCUGGAGCCGGUCGGGAGGCCCAACGGCACCUCGGUGACCAAAUUCAUCCUCCUCGGCCUCUCCAGCAACCCGGCCGAGCAGCUGGUCCUCUUUGGGGUCUUCGCAGCCAUCUACCUGGUGGCCCUGGUGGGCAACUUGCUCAUCUUACUGCUGGUUAGCCUGGAUUCCCGACUCCACACGCCCAUGUACUUCUUCCUGGGGAAUUUGUCUGUGGUGGACAUCAGCUACAUCAGCUCCACCGUGCCCAAGGUGCUGACCAAUUACCUGUCGCGGGACCAGUCCAUUUCCUGGGCCGGCUGCCUCUGCCAGAUGUUCUUCUUCAUCUCCUUCGGGGGGGUGGAGUGCCUGAUUCUGGGGGUGAUGGCCUACGACCGCUACGUGGCCAUCUGCCACCCACUGCACUACGGCGUGGUCAUGAGCCGGCAGCUGUGCGCCCUGCUGGCUGCAGCCGGCUUGGCCAAUUCAGCCGUGCACGCGUCCCUGAUAACCAUCCUGUCCUUUUGCCAGAAUAAUGUCCUCCACCACUUCUUCUGUGACAUCCCCCCGCUCCUACAGCUCUCCUGCUCCGACACCCGGAUCAACCAGAUUGUUACCUUCAUCUUUGGUGGUGGCCUCGUCUCUAGCUCUUUGCUGGGCACCCUGGUGUCCUACGUGUACAUCGGGCGGGCCAUCCUCCAGAUCCGCACCAGGGCCGGGCGCCUCAAGGCCUUCUCCACCUGCACCUCCCAUCUGACCGUGGUCAGCCUCUACUUCGGCACCAUCCUCUUCACCUACCUCCGCCCCAACACCACCUACUCGCAGGAGCAGGACCGAGCACUGCCCGUGAUCUACGGCAUCGUCAUUCCCAUGCUCAACCCCAUCAUCUACAGCCUGCGGAACAAGGACGUGAAGGGGGCUCUCUGGAAAGCCCUGGCUAGGGGCUAG